AUGGCGACGGGAGGGGACCCUCCGCGGUUCCCCCGCUCGCGCGGCGAGCGCAGCGAGGCUGCGCGGCGAGCCCGUGCCGCGGCCGAUGCGGCCGUGCGGCACGCCCGUGCGCGCGCCGGCGAGCUGGAGAAGGAGGUCGCGCGCCUCAGGGAGGUCAUCGCGGGCCUCACGGGUGGCGUGCCUGCUGCCGAGCCUGGUUCGUGGCAGGACAGGGAGGCGGCCGCUCGGCCCGCCCUGAUCCUGGCCUCUGGCGGCCGGCCCGUGCCAGGGGCCGUGAGAUUCCGCCGGAACACGGCCCUGCACGCGGCUCGUGCGCCUGCAGCGGGGUUUGCGGCGGCACCGCGGGCUGGCUUGGCCUGGGCGGCGGCGGGUCCGCGUCUUGGAGGCGUGCUCGGCCGGGGGGCGGCGGCCGCCGUCGUGUGCGAGGUCGAGAUCUGCGUGUGCGAGGUGCCCGCGGGGCCCUCCCCUCCGGCCCCGCCGCGUCGUGAGCUGCCAGAGGCGGCCGACGCGAGGCGCACGCCGCUUAGCCCCGCGCCCUCGGAGCAGCUCGGCUUGCUGCAGGGCGACCUGGCGAAGCUGUCUGGGCGGAAGGGCGCGCUCGAAGAGGGCGACGAGCUCACGGUUGAGCUGGAAGCGCUCCCGCAGCGGCUGUGCGCGCUGGAGGACACCGCCGAGCCCAAGGCCGAACUGGAGGCGCUCUCGGAGCAGCUUGGCUCGCUGGCGGGCGACGCGGCGACGGUGUCCGAGCGGCAGGGCGCGUUCGAGGAGGUGGGUGCUGCCGAUGCUGAAGCUGAAGUGGAGACGGCCUGCUCGGCGUCGGAGGCGGCGCCACAGGCCAGCACUGCGGUUCUGGCGUACCUGCACGCUCACCCUGCGGCGCUCCUCUCGGGAGGCGGCGGGGCCCUCGAGGCUCCUGUGGCUGGCGGUGCUGGUCCUGGCGCUGGUUUCGAGGGCAGCCGCGCCCGCAGGAAACGGGGUGCAAGCAUGGGGCGGCGCGCCCGUCGCGUCCGCUUUGACCUGCGUCCCGUCGUCAUCGGCACGGCCUUCGAGGAAGAGGCCGAGGCCCAGGUGCAGGAGGGCGCCGAGCCCACGGUCGAGCUGCAGGACGACCUGGCGGCGCUGUCCGUUCGGCAGGGCGCGCUCGAGGAGGGCGCCGAGGCCAGGGGCGAGCUGGAGGCGCUCUCGCAGCGGCCGUGCGCGCAGGAGGCGACCUCCGAGCAGCUGGUCUCGCAGAAGGGCGACCUGGCGGCGCUGUCCGAGCGGCAGGGCGCGCUGGAGGAGGGCACCGAGCCCAAGGGCGAGCGGGAGGUGCUCUCGAAGCCGGCCUCCCGCCACGCGUUCAGCGAGUGCCUUUUUUUCUUCCUGGGCGAUUUCUCUGUGGCGGCGGUGCUAUGCGUGGCCAUUGGGCCCAAGACGGGUGUUGAGGCACUCCUGAGCUCGGCCGAGGCCCGCUUUCUCGGCGUCCGCCCCGGCACUGCAGGCUGGCCAGAUGCCGAGGAGCGUGAGCGUGUCCUCGAAGGCCGCCUGCAGGUCGUCCAGAUAUUGCGUGCGGACGCUAAUUCCGUUUGCUCCGUGCAUUCGCAUUUCUUGUAUUUGAAUGUGUACGUGAGCUAG